AUGUCGAUUGGAGUACCAAUAAAAGUGCUCCACGAAGCGGAGGGCCAUACCAUAACCUGUGAAACAAACACUGGCGAGGUAUACCGCGGCAAAUUGAUAGAAGCUGAAGAUAAUAUGAACUGUCAAAUGCAGAAUAUCACUGUAACCUACAGGGACGGCCGAGAGGCGCAAUUAGAAAACGUUUAUAUCAGAGGUUCGAAAAUUAGGUUCCUUAUAUUACCAGACAUGUUGAAAAAUGCGCCAAUGUUUAAGAGACCGGGCGGGAAAGGCUCAGGAACUGCCGGCAGAGGGAAAUCGGCGAUUUUACGUGCACAAGUGAAUACCUUCAUGAAGCUCGUGGAAGAGGUAGAGGACAGAAUCAAAGAGGUAGAGGCACAGGCUCUGCACCUUGGUUGA